AUGGCACCUAUCAAUAUUGUCGUCAUUGGAGGCUCCUUCGCAGGCCUCCAUAUUGCUCACUCCGUCCUCCGUGAUGUGCCCGAUGCGAAAGUGACCCUGAUCAACCCCUCCACCAGCUUCUAUUGGAAUAUCGCCGCCCCACGCAUCGUCGCAAAGCCAACUGCUUUCCGCCCCGACCAAUACUUGCUUCCGAUCAAGGAUGCCUUCGCAAGCUACCGAGCCGAUGCUUUCGAGUUUAUUCCUGGCACUGCAACUGCUAUUGAGACCACCGCCAAGACAGUCAGCGUGAGGCCUAACGAGGGCGAUGCCAAGAUCCUGCCGUACGACUACCUGGUUAUCGCAUCGGGCAGCACUACAUCUGCCACGGACGGCUCGCUCACUGGCACCCCGAUCCCAUUCAAGCAGUCAAACCAUGAUGAUAUGGAGCGUUUGAUCAAGGCGGCGCAGGGACACAUCGCUGAAGCGAAGGAGAUCGUCAUUGGUGGCGCAGGACCCAUCGGUAUCGAGUUGGCAGGUGAGCUUGCUGAGGUCGCGGAACAAAGUGGCAAUGCAGGCAAAGUCUCCAUUACGAUCGUCUCGGCUACCGAUCGUGUGCUGCCCAUGCUCAAGCCCUCUGCCAGCUCAGCGGCACGAAAGAUGCUGGAGCACAAGAAGGUCAAGGUCUUGACCUCGAAGCGAGUCGCAGGCGUCGAGGCCCCAGUCGAGCAUGGCGCCAACUGGACAGUCAACCUGGAAGGUGGAGAUAAGCUCUCUGCGGAUCUUUAUAUCCCCACCACCGGUGUGACGCCCAACAACAGCUUCAUCCCGGCUCAGCUCCUUGAUCGGGACGGUUGGGUGACUGUGAGCAAGGAGAUGCGCGUCCAGUCCACCGACGGCACCAAUCUGCCCAUCUUCGCGGCCGGUGAUAUCACCAAUAACUCCAUGCGUCUCAGCUUCAAGGCCGUGGAGCAGGCGCAAGUGGCCGCCGCCAACCUCAAGGCUGAGAUUGUGGGCGGGGCUGCUAUCAAGACCUAUGCGCAGGGCGACAGCAUUAUGAUGGUUGUCCCUAUUGGUGAAUCUGGCGGUACCGGCCAGGUCUUUGGUAUUGUUCCUUUCAGCUUCAUGGUCAAGAUGAUCAAGGGCAAGCACUAUUUCCUUGACAAGGCACCAGGCGCAGUGGCUGGCAAGGCAUGA